UCAAGUCAGUGUGGCUUGCAGUGCGGCUCGUCGUCCAUCUGCCCAGCCGACGUCUUCUCGGCCCGAGCCGCCAGCAGCAUGUCCUUCCUGGACCAGCCCUGGUGUCCCACCGGCGUCCAGGUGACGGUCCUCCAAGCCCGCGGCCUGAGGGCGAAGGGCAAAGGCGGCACCAACGAUGCCUACGCGCUCAUGCAAGUGGGCAAGGACACGUACCAGACCUCCGUGGUGGAGAAGAGCGUGGCGCCCGUCUGGAAGGAGGAAGCCGCCUUCGAGCUGCCUCAACACGGCCCCGGCGGGGACAAAGCCGCGCUGCACGUCCACGUCCGCCACCGGGCUCUGGUGGGUCCCGACAAGCUGCUGGGCCAGGCCGUCAUCAACCUGCUGCUUCUCAGCGAGGACAAGACCCGCCAAAAGACCGAGUAA